GGGCCUAGGGCGAAUAGGCGCUGCGGGUCUCAGCUCGGCGUCGCUGCUCCGCUGUGCUCGCGGAGCUAAGGUCGUCUCAGGUUAGGUGGUCGCCCCGGAAGUGCCUGCGGCUGUGGCUGUGGCUGUGGCUGUGGCCCCUGGGUGUUGUAAGGAGCCUGCGGCGGAGUUGUUAAGGGGGCUCGGCACCAUCCUGCUUCCUCCACCUUCCCUGCAGCAGCCAUGACGAAAGGCAGAGUCGUCGAAAGAUCGCAAACAGAGGCAAUCCUUACGACCCCUCCGGAGGAGAAGGCAGCGGGGACGCGGGGUCCCUCGGCGCCGGGCAGCGGAGACCACCUGAAGGAGAAAGCCUGUGCAGAAGCUGGGUCAGCAAGAAUGUCACUUCUUAUAUUGGUGUCCAUUUUCUUAUCUGCAGCUUUUGUUAUGUUUUUGGUAUAUAAAAAUUUCCCUCAGCUUAGUGAAGAAGAAAGAGUGAACAUGAAGGUUCCCAGAGAUAUGGAUGAUGCCAAGGCUCUAGGAAAAGUUCUAUCCAAAUAUAAGGACACCUUUUAUGUACAAGUACUUGUAGCUUAUUUUGCUACAUAUAUUUUCUUGCAAACAUUUGCUAUUCCGGGCUCUAUAUUUCUCAGUAUACUCUCAGGGUUUCUUUAUCCCUUUCCACUAGCCUUAUUUCUUGUUUGUUUGUGUUCUGGACUUGGUGCCUCAUUCUGCUAUAUGCUCUCCUAUUUAGUUGGGAGACCAGUUGUAUAUAAAUACUUAACAGAGAAAGCAGUAAAAUGGUCACAGCAGGUUGAGCGUCAUAGAGAACAUCUCAUUAACUACAUUAUAUUUUUGAGAAUAACACCAUUUCUGCCUAAUUGGUUUAUUAAUAUUACAUCUCCUGUGAUAAACGUGCCAUUGAAAGUUUUUUUUAUUGGCACUUUUCUAGGUGUUGCACCACCCUCUUUUGUAGCUAUUAAGGCAGGAACAACACUGUACCAGCUUACAACAGCAGGGGAAGCUGUUUCCUGGAACUCAGUAUUUGUUCUAAUGAUUUUGGCUCUUCUUUCUAUUCUGCCAGCCAUCUUCCAAAAGAAACUAAAGCAGAAAUUUGAGUGAAUAAUCAUCAGGAUUUUAGUUUUCCUAUCAUCAUCAUCAUCAUCUCAGGAUUGGCAAGUUUAUGUGUUAAAGUCAUCUCUUCAGUAAUUGAAACAAGGAAUUUGUAAAUGAAAAUUUCCUAUCAGAUUGUUAAACCGGUGCAUUUAAGUGGCCAGGAAGAGAAGAAAGUAAAAAUGGAAAUUGGUGUACCGUGAAAAGUGCUGUCAGUAGUUAAGAUAGUCGUCUCCUAAAUCACUAUUCUAAGGGUAGUUAUAGAUAAUAAAUGUAGCAGCAUAGUAGGAAAUUCUUGACCCAUUUGAUUGACUCAAUUUAAUAUAUUUCAUGAACUGGCCAUACAUAUUUACCCUUGACUUGAUAAUUUAAUGUUUUUCUCUCUAUUCCAUACUAAUAACUAAAAUAGAAAAAGCAAAUACAAAAUAUAAAAGCAAAGAAAUAGUACUGCUAUUCUGACUAAUGUUAGCCUUCUUUCAGAGCAUAAACUUGAAAACUAAAACUCAAAAGAGAUUUACAUUAUCUUUUUUUACCUUUGAGAUAAUAGAUUUGUUUAAAAGUUGCAUCUUAGUAGACUACUGAAUUUGGAAAAGAUACCAAGUUAUAUCUAUUUAGUGAAUUGUUAUUUUUGUCUUCUGUUCUAGAUUAUCAUGGAUUAGUCUGAAAUUUAAAAUUCUGACCAGUCUAUUUUCAUCUUUUUUUCUAGCUUUCACAGUAUUUCCACUGUGCAUAUACAGAAAGGCAAUUACAUGAUAAUUGUAUCAUAUUGAUGAUAAUAAUUUAUAUGCAGAUAAUAUUUUGUUACACAGUUCCCCUUUACUGUCUCAAAAGGGGAUCAAAAAAGCAAACAUUCAAAGUAUGCAGUUUUUAGCUGUUGGAUUAAUUUUAUUACUUUAUAUUUUGAAGCAGAAGCAGUGACAGUACAACACUUACGUGAUUGAAUAUAGUUUAUUCCAAUGACUGUAAAAUUUACCUCAUUUAUUUAUUAGUCUGGUUGUUAAAGUAUGUAUUAUGUAAUUAUCCUUUUUAUGCAUGAUACGUAAGAAUGCCUUGCUUCAUUUCUUCAUUUUUGUUUGGGGCUGCCUUUGAUUAAUGCAGUUUCCCAAUUUAGAGUUUUUUCUUUUUAUAUCUCAAAGUAAAAUUAAAUCCUCAUAUGGUAACUACUAUAUUUAAAUAGUCCUGGAAAGACUAAACAGAUUUCUGCUGCUUGCUUAAUGGGAAUACCCUUGAUUCCUUGAUUCUAGGACAUAAAAUACUCUGUCAGUUUUACCUUCACCCAAGACUGUCAUGUUGAAAAGUACUUUAGCUGUGGAAGAAAUCCUUGUAUGUUUUUGUUGUGAGAGGUAUGAUCAUCCUCCAAGCCUGUUUCUACUGCAUAAUGUGGACUGAUUAUUUUUUCUAUCACAGUAUUAACAAAUGGAUUUAUUGUAAAUACAAAGAAAAUAUAUUAAUUAAUAUACUAUUCUUAUGUCACCUGGCCUUUUGUGUGAAAUUAUUUAUUGUUAUUUCUAGCAAGGUUUUCUUCCUUUCUUAUUGACCAGAGACUGAGUGAUAAAGCCUCUGUUAUUUUUACAAAUAAACUUAAAACAUAGCCUUUUUGGACAAAGCUCACUAAAUAUUACUGUAUAAAAUGUAACUGAGUAAGUUUUUAUCAGACUUUUAAAAAUAAAAUUAAGAGUUUGGACUCAGGAGAGCCUCACUAUUUACUCCAUUAUGUAUAUAUUGUACUUACUCUAUUCUCAGAGUAUUUUCCCUAUCCUUAUCAUUGAUCCUUUUCCUUUGCUGAUUAUUUUUUUCUGUUUGAAAACUGUAGUUGCCACUUAAGGGUGGGUAUAUUUUCUUCUCCCAUGAGAAUAGCCAGUCUUUGCAGAUUCAUCAUCAUUGACUGUCAAGAAAGAACCUUUAGCAGGUUAUACCCAAAAUGCAGUUGGUGGCCUGUAUUCAUGGAUUCACAGACUUGGCCUGAUGCCAGGUGUAGAUUCAACCUUCAGCCACAUGUUGAAGACAAUUAAAGACAGUAACAGUCGCCAGAGAACAAGUAUGUAUAGUGGGGAGGCAAGCAGGCUAUCUAGGAAGUUGACAAACUAAGUGAGACUGUUCCCCUCGUAGCUCGUAGUUAAUGGCCUCUUUGGAGCUCUAUAGUGUAAUAUUUCUAAGACACUUAAUAAAUGUAAAUUAAGAAGAAUAAACUGUACUGGAAAAAACUUAAA